AUUAAUGGGAGAAAGUCUGUUUCGAUAGAAUUAUUUCAUUUACGCUGCCAUAGUCAGAAAAGGUCCCUAUAGGUUUUGUGAUCUCAAGUGAACUCUCUGCGUGUGAAAGCCCAGUUUGGGCUGCAAAAUCUUUAUAGCUAAAGGCUUUUCACAGCAUGGUAUUCCUGAAGCUUUAAGAUCUAAAGCUAUCUUUGAACAACACAUGGGGCUUAUAAUGCUUAGGCCUGGGCUGACAUGCAAGGUGGCUAUCGUGUAGCAACAAGUCACAUUCCUUUGCUCCCUAGUCAAGGUUUGGGAUAGCCUCUUCUGUUGACAUUAAAUGGAUUGAACUGAGCAUGCUUGAAGAACAGAGCUAUGUAAACAGGAGCUAGAAACUGCAGGCUGACAACACAGUGCUCAUAACUUCUCAUUAUCCUUCAAGCUACUCUGUUAUUACAAGAAGACCCACCUGUCGGGGUCAGUGGUGCACCAUCUGAGAACAAUAUAAUGCAAUGGAAUGCAGUUAUUUUUGGGCCGGAAGGGACUCCCUUUGAAGACGGUACCUUUAAGCUAAUAAUAGAAUUUUCAGAAGAAUAUCCAAAUAAACCUCCAACUGUUAGGUUUUUAUCAAAAAUGUUCCACCCCAAUGUAUAUGCAGAUGGUAGCAUAUGUUUAGAUAUCCUUCAGAAUCGCUGGAGUCCAACAUAUGAUGUUUCAUCUAUUUUAACCUCAAUCCAGUCACUGCUUGACGAACCUAAUCCAAAUAGUCCUGCCAACAGUCAGGCUGCACAGCUUUAUCAGGAAAACAAACGUGAAUAUGAAAAAAGAGUUUCUGCUAUUGUUGAACAAAGUUGGAAUGAUUCAUAAGAAAUGACUACUUCGCUAACCGGCAUCCUCAUAAUCAUCAUGUACAAUUUAACUUGCGAUAGGAAAUGCUCCUGGAACUUCUCAAGUGCCACGUUUGACUUGCAUACAGAUGUAUUUGCAAAAAUAAGCCCUUCAUUUUCAGAACUCUACAAGCUUGUGUACCUUGAUUAAUGUAAUUUUUAUUGCAUGUUAUGACCUAAGUUAUUGCUUCAUAAAUUUGUAAUAUAUCCUGUUUGUAUUUUUUUCAAAGUGUAUAAUGUUGGUGUGAAGUUUUCAUGACAGAAUAUACAUAUUUUGUAAAUCUGUACUUUUUUCAAAAUAC